AGAUGAGCCGGGCGCCCGCGUUCUUGAGCGCCGCCGAGGUGCAGGUGCACCUCCGCAGUUCCAGCCUCCUCAUCCCUCCUCUGGAGGCGGCUCUGGCCAACUUCUCCAGCGGCCCCGACGGAGGGGUCGUGCAGCCCGUGCGCACCGUGGUGCCGGUGGCCAAGCACCGGGGCUUCCUGGGGGUUAUGCCUGUCUACAGUGCAGCAGAAGAUGCCCUGACCACCAAGCUGGUCACCUUCUACGAGGGCCACAGCACCUCGUCCACAAUGCCCUCCCACCAGGCCACUGUGCUACUCUUCGAGCCCAGCAAUGGCUCCCUGCUUGCGGUCAUGGAUGGAACUGUCAUCACUGCAAAGAGAACAGCUGCAGCAUCUGCCAUCGCCACCAAGUUUUUGAAACCCCCCAGCAGUGAGGUGCUGUGUAUCCUCGGGGCUGGAGUCCAGGCCUACAGCCAUUAUGAAGUCUUCACAGAGCAGUUCUGCUUUAAGGAGGUGAGGAUAUGGAACCGCACCAAAGAAAAUGCAGAGAAGUUUGCAAACACAGUGCAAGGAGAGGUACUGGUCUGUUCUUCGGUCCAGGAGGCUGUGACAGGUGCGGAUGUGAUCAUCACAGUCACCAUGGCAACAGAGCCCAUUCUGUUUGGUGAAUGGGUAAAGCCAGGGGCUCACAUCAAUGCCAUCGGAGCCAGCAGACCCGACUGGAGAGAACUGGAUGACGAGCUCAUGAAGCAAGCUGUGCUAUAUGUGGAUUCCCGGGAGGCUGCCCUGAAGGAGUCUGGAGAUGUCCUGUUGUCAGGGGCUGAGAUCUUCGCUGAGCUGGGAGAGGUGGUGAAGGGCGUGAAGCCAGCCCACUGUGAGAAGACCACCGUGUUCAAGUCUCUGGGAAUGGCAGUUGAAGACAUGGUUGCAGCCAAACUGGUGUAUGAUUCCUGGUCAUCUGAUAAAUAAACAAAGGGACGCUGUGUUGAGGUGGACACAAAAGGAGCAUUGCCACUGGUUGUCUCAAUUUCUAGAUUGAAUGAGGGAGCCCAGUCCCCAGUGAACUAUAGUUCUGGGCUUAUGUCUUACCUUAAAUACCGAGAUCCCCACUCACGUUUUUAGUUGGAAACAAAACUGGGUGACCGUUUCUACUGCUGUGCCAGGUAACAGUGGUGUCC